UCCUGCCAGCAGCACACCCGGCUGUCCACCUGCUGCAGAGAUGGUGCACGCAACCUCCUCCCUGCUGCUGCUGCUGCUCAGCCUGGCUCUGCUGGCUCCCGGACACUCUGCCAAAAAGUGCUCGCUGACCGGGAACUGGACCAACGACCUGGGCUCCAACAUGACCAUCGGGGCCGUGAACCACAGGGGCGAAUUCACAGGCACCUACUACACAGCUGUAACAGCCACAUCAAAUGCCAUCAAACUGUCACCACUGCAGGGGACCCAAAACAACAUCAACAAGAAGACCCAGCCCACCUUUGGCUUCACUGUCAAUUGGAAGUUUUCAGAUUCCACCACUGUCUUCACGGGUCAGUGCUUCAUAGACAGGAAUGGCAAGGAGGUCCUGAAGACCAUGUGGCUGCUGCGGUCAAGCGUUGAUGACAUUGGCGAUGACUGGAAAGCCACCAGGGUUGGCAACAAUAUCUUCACUCGCCUGCGCUCAGUGAAGGAGUGAGGAUGGCUCUGCGAAUCCCACGUCAGCAAUAAUGCGGGAGCGCUGACUCUGCUUGUGACAUUCCUUCCAAUAAAGCUUUACAUCAGACACA